CCAAAACUUGCACGGACUUGACUAUCUUAGUUUGUCUUUUCUCAAUGUCUCAAUAAAAGCAAACAGCAAUCAGUGGAGUAGAAGAGAAACACUUUGAGUUUGUUUCUGACUUGACAGCAGCAUCUGUGUUUGUGUGAUUUCGUGGUAAUUUUUGAAACCAUUCAGAAAGUGAAAUUUAGUUUGCUGAAGCUCUUAAACUGUAAAAAUGGAUUCAUUCUCUGUAAAGGAAAUUUCUUGUCCGAUUUGCUGUGAAAUCUUCAAGGCUCCUGUUCUUCUGUCAUGUAGUCACAGUUUCUGUGAGGAGUGUCUUCAACAGUUCUGGAGGACCAAGAACACUAGGGAGUGUCCUGUCUGCAGGAGAAGAUCCUCAAGAGAUGAUCCUCCAUGUAAUCUUGUGUUAAAAAACUUGUGUGAGUCGUACCUGAAGGAGAGGAGAAAUAAGAAGCGUUUAUCAGGGUCUGAGGAAGCCUGCGGUUUACACAGUGAGAAACUCAAGCUCUUCUGUCUGGAAGACAAACAGCCUGUGUGUUUAGUGUGCAGAGAUUCACAGAAACAUGUCCAUCACAGAUUCAGACCCAUCAGUGAAGUAGUUUCAUCUCAUAAGGAGGAGCUGAAGUCCUUACAAGAGAAACUUAAACACAGAGAGGAAUUUAAGGAAGAGUGUGUGAAAACACUUCAGCACAUUCGGUCUCAAGCGGAGCACACAGAGUGUCAGAUUAAACUGGCAUUUGAGAAGCCUCAUAAGUUUCUCAGAGAUGAAGAAGAAAUUGCAAUCACUGCUCUGAGGGAGGAAAAGGAGCAAAAGAAUCAGAUGAUGCAGGAGAAGUUUGAGGAGAUCAACAGGCACAUCUCAGCUCUUUCACACACAAUCAGAGACUUGGAGAAGAUGAUGAAUGCCAGUGAAGUCUUGUUUCUAAAGAAAUUUCCAGAUGUGAUGGAAAGAGUCAAGAGCUUACGGUCGGAUCCACAGCUGUCAAAAGUUUGGGAAUGUUCUUCGUCGGGUCUACUUAGCGCCGUUGGACGAGGAAGGCCCCCGAGCGAAUUUCGACACCUUUGUGGAGUGGACAGUGCAAUCCCGGACCCAGUGCCCAGCCCACCAUCUCCCCACUGCACGGAGCACAUGCUGAGCCCACCGCUGACGGAGAGCCAAGACCGCCACGACCGACAAGCCAUCAACAAACCAAGUGCGAGAGCCGGCAACCACACACGCAAAGAGGGAGAGUCCCGCAGACACCCAGAGAAAGUUCCUGUUCCCAUGUCUAACCCUGAGAAAAUUCCUGUUCCCACGUCCAGCCCUGAGAGGGCUCCUGGUCACAAGUUAAGCCCGGAGGCUCACAAAUGCCCAACUACCCACCCUCUCCUGCUUCCUCCACCGCUGUCCUCUGGCAGCCCCUCUGGUCGCCCUCAGCCUACCAUCAGCAUGGUGCAAGCUCUGCGGGACUGCCAUCCUCCAGCGUCGCCGGGACUGGAGCAUUCCUUGACUCCGCCUCCAGCCUCUAAGCCCCGAACUCUGCCUCGGCCCUUUGACCCAGCGGCUCCACCAUGGCAGGUUUUUGAGCCUAAAUCAUCUGAGAGUGUUUCAUCAGUAGAGCGAGUGUUUAUAAUUGUUCACUAUAUGAGCAUCAGAAUAGCAGCAGCUGUUGAUUGUGUCUCGUCAGCUCCUGUGAUUCUGGAUCCGAACACGGCUCAUCCAGAUCUCCUCUUGUCUGAUGAUCUGACCAGUCUGACGUGCAGCACCACCAGUCAAGCGCUUCCUGACAAUCCAGAGAGAUUCAAGCAGCACUCCUGUGUUCUGGGUUCAGAGGGGUUUAACUCAGGAACACACUGCUGGGAUGUGGACGUCAAAGAGAGCUUGUCCUGGAGUCUUGGAGUAACUACGGCAUCAAACCAGAGGAAGGGCUAUGAUUUCUUUGACAGCGGUGUGUGGAGUGUGCAGCACAGACUGUUUGAAGAGUCUGGUUUUCCUGUGGUACAAAAGCUGGAGCGGGUGAGAGUUCAGCUGGACUAUGACGGAGGAACAGUGUCUUUCUCUGAUCCUGUAAAGAACACACCUCUGUACACAUUCACAGCCACCUUCACUGAGACCGUCUUUCCAUUCUUUUAUAGCUUUUCUCAUCUGAGGAUCUUAUAGUAGUGUUAGAUAAAGUUAUUUAUGUAGAUUUGGAGGGAUUUUUCAGGGCAUAUUUAAAAAAAAACAAUUUUUCUUAGUAUGAAGAACAAUAUCAAGUUUUUUCCACUACAAAGACCCUUUUGUGCAAUGGAAAUUUUUUUAAGGGUGUUUCACUGAAGAAAAAAAAUAUUGCAGGUUUGGAAUGAGUCAUAUUGCUUCUAGUUCAGUAAACAAAAGUUAAUGGUAUUACUAAUUCAAAUAAUAAGGGUGUCUUAUACUUUUCACUUCAAGAAAAGAUCACAAACAACUGAACCUUCAAAACUUGUUGGCCACUUACAGGACAAGCAGAAUUACUGAAUGAAAUAUUUAUGAGCUCAGUAAGAAGGGUUUCAGUUCAAUAAGUAUAUAUCAGAGUUUUGUUAACUAGAUAACAGUUUUUCAUUGACUUUCUAGCAAUAAAGGUCACAUUUCUAUCCGUUGUUGUGCAUCUCAGUCCGCAUUGGAAACAAAGAAACAGUUUUUACAGUACAAACAGCAACUCCAGACCUUUUACGUGUUUAAUUCAUGUAGAAAUAAUGAAGGAAUAGUCCACAUCUGUCCAUGAAAUGCCUUUUGAGUCUUUUUAAAACUCUCCAAUUACUUAUGGUCCCUUGAAAAAGAGGGAAGGUACAUAUUAAAGAGCUGUAAUUCCUUAACCUUUCCCCCAAUUUUGAUGAGAAUACCCUCAAAUUAAAGCUCAGAGUGUGCACCUUAAGCCCAUAUUCAGUUACAAAACUGUAACUUGAAUAUGUUUUGGUCAACAGCUAAAAGCCUAAUAAAAUUUGUGCCUGUGUCCAAAUA